UAGCAGUGGGGCUUAGAGCACUAAAUCUGCCGGUGGAGGGGACUAAGAAUAUCGGCCUGCACUCAGAUCGCCAUGAGUUUCAGCGUUGAGGAGAGGGGGAGGCCAAACGCGCCGGACCAUCGGGUCUUUUUCAAAAACUCAGAGGGGAAGUAUAUCUCACCAUUCCAUGACAUCCCCAUCUAUGCCGAUGAAUCGCAGAACAUAUUCCACGCCGUCAUUGAGGUUCCAAGAUGGACAAACGCAAAAAUGGAGAUUGCAACCAAGGAUCCGCUGAAUCCCCUGAAGCAGGACGUGAAGAAAGGGGAACUUCGGUACGUGUGCAACGUCUUCCCUCACAAAGGCUACAUCUGGAACUAUGGGGCCAUUCCGCAGACUUGGGAGGACCCACACCAUAAGGAUGAGGACACGGGUUGCUGUGGAGACAAUGACCCCAUUGACAUCUGCGACAUCGGCAACAAGGUGUGUUCUCGGGGCGAGGUGAUCAAGGUGAAGGUGCUGGGGACGCUGGCCCUGAUCGACGAGGGGGAGACGGACUGGAAGGUCAUAGUCAUCAACAUGGAGGACCCUGAAGCCAGCAGCUUUAACGAUAUCGAUGACGUAAGGAAACUGAAGCCAGGGUACCUGGAGGCAACGCUAGAUUGGUUCAAAAUGUACAAAGUUCCAGACGGAAAACCCGAAAACCAGUUUGCCUUCAACGGAGAAUUCAAAGACAGGGAUUUUGCCAUUAAAACCGUAAAAGACACACAUGACUUUUGGAAAGCCCUGAUCUCCAAAAAGAGUGACAAGGGCGAGCUAGACUGCAUGAACACUUGUGUGUCUGAUAGUGCGUACUGCUGUUCUGCGGAUGAUGCAAAGGCAGUUGUGAAUGCGACAAGUGCUCUUGGUGACGCAGAACCCAUUCCUAGCUCAGCUGACAAAUGGUACUACUACAACAAGACCUAACCGGAAGGACCAGGUGCUGCCACAACAUGCAACAAGAAAUGGAACACAUCAAAAACAUCAUAUCUCUAGAUAGGCUAUUUCUGUCACAGUGUUUGCAACUAGAUUCUGAUAGUAACAAUUCCUCUCUAUUCAUACACCUACAUACAUUUUUCACAGACAAUUGCGCAACAAAAGUCUGAGAAAGUCAAAGGCAUUUGAUCCAUUUGUCUGGCCUGUCUACCCUCUCAUAAAAAAUAAAAUAAUAUUGGGGAAAAACAUUG